CACUCCCUGCCGCAACAAAAAAGCCAAAAGCUGUGCCCCAGGACAGCCUUUGUAUUGUAGAGGAGCUACACUUAGUGACCCAAUCGCCACGCUUGCGCUGCUUCAACCGCUUCGGGCCGAGGGGCCGCAGACAACUCGCAGAGCAGCAGAGAGACCUCAAGCCCAUCAGGAGGUGCAAGGCCGUGUCGGAACACGCCGCCGCGCAAAGAAUGGCCGCGAGACCCUGGAUGGACGACGGCGCGAGCCAGCACUGCCUGCUCUGCCACCAGGCUUUUAGCUUUACGAACCGGAGGCACCACUGCCGGAGCUGCGCGCGCUUGGUCUGCGGCGCCUGCUCGAGCCGGAGCAUGCGUUUGGAGAGCAUCCAGCGGCCCUCGUCCUCAAUACGAAAUGUAGGGACCCAGCUGGCCAAGACGACGCUGGCCACGGCCGCCUCGAUGCUCACCACCACUACAAAUGAAUCGGAGCGCGUCUGCGACGACUGCUGGGCGCGGCUCGGCCGCGGCCGGAGCGCGACGCCGCCGCCUCCAUCACAUCACGCCGACGAUGAUGUAGCGUAUGAUGCUGAAUUGAUGGAUGUGGCCGCCGACGGUAUCAGAAACAUAGCUCUGGAAGUACGGGCGCCCGACGGCCGCGUGCUCAGCGACGGGAAUUCGUUCAGUAUGACAUUGCCAUCAUCAACGCGCGUCGCGGGCGCCUACGUCAUUGUUACGGCUCGUGAUAAGUCCAAGUCGUCGGCAGUGAGGGACGACGUCGUGGGAAGAGGUCGCGUCUUCCUCGAAGAAGGCCAACGACAUAUCCAGUUGCUGCGCGACGGUGGUGUUAAGGGCACCGUACUGGUCAAAGCGACGCGGUCCUCGGCGAAGAAACCUCUACAAGUCGCGACGAUACCACCUCAAACGUCGAAACACAUGUGGCCCGUGGCUUUAUCAGAGUUGUACCCGCCCGGGACCACGGUGCACGACGCCUGUUUUGAGCACAUUAAUGGUACCAUAGUGCCCGCGUCAGAACAAGCUCUGGACGCCUUUGCCGACGUGGACAGAGGGUGCCUCAUAGUCACGUCGCACCGUUUUUUGCACGUGGCUCAUACGUUAGAUGUUAUUAGUGUGCCGCACGCGUCCAUCUUAAAUGUGGAGGUCGUCCAGCGCGACGACGCGUUGGUGCUGGUGCUGACGACGCGGUCCUAUAAAUCAAUAACGUUCUCGUCGCGCAGCGCCACCAAUCGCGACUGGAGCUGGUGCCGCUCCGAGUGGCAGUGGCGCGUCGGCGAGGACCGCUUCUAUGCGAGGCCGGAGGCUGUUGUGAUCUGCGUGGAAAUCAAAUUUUGGACGCCCCACGCCAUCGAUGCGAUGUUGUCUCCGUAGUAACCUAGCUCACUGGUUGAUUUUCACACAGGUUGUGACGGCGGAUCACGACGAUAAUGACGAUGAAGAUGAGGACACGGAGCUGCUCUCGAGGCUCGGCCUGAAUGAUCUCGACGACCGCGCAUUGAGACGGAAUCGGCUGAAGCGCUUCAUCGAACCUCAGAAGGAGCGGGCGCCGUCACAAAGCGGCGCCGACGUCGACCUAGGAGCAGAGUUCGCCAGGCAGGGCGUGGCCACCGACGCGCGCUGGCGCUUUACGCAAGCGAAUUCGAGUUAUGACCUUUGUGCUACGUAUCCUCCUCUGCUCAUCGUGCCGGCGGCGUUGAGCGACGCCCGACUCAAGGAAGGGUCCAGAUGGCGGUCCAAGCGGCGCGUACCUGUCUUGACCUGGUACGAUCGAGCUAGUGGUGCGGCCUUAAUACGAGCAUCCCAACCAAAGUCCGGCAUCACGGGCGCUCAUGUGGAUGACGCCGCUCUCCUCCAUGUGCGCGCGGCCGCCGCGCGGAGCCGCGGCGCCGUCGCGGCGCGCUUGGACGACCCGACGGCUUUUGAUGAUGAGGAAGGUUUUGCGAAUAGUUCGCCGUACAAAUCCACGACGGCGCCGAUCUUGCGCAUCUGCGACUGUCGUUCUAUUGUAGCGGCCAAGGCGAACCAAUUGGCCGGCCGGGGCCACGAGACUACCUCCAAAUUAGGUGGUUCGAGGGCCGCGACGCUCGAGUUUCUGGAUCUGGAGAACUUCCACGUCAUUCGCAACGCCAAGAAACGGUUGUCAGAAGCUUCGACCUUGGAGGACUACUACCGCGCGUUGCACGAAUCGCGCUGGCCCGUCUACGUCCAAGCACUAAUUAGUGCAGCGAAGGUCGUCGCGGAUCAUUUGGACAGAGGCGAUCCUUGUUUUGUGCACUGUAGCGACGGCUGGGACCGCACGCCGCAAGUGUGUGCUUUGGCUCAAAUAAUAGUGGAUCCCUACUUUCGAACAAUAAAAGGCUUCGCCGUGCUCAUAGAAAAGGACUUCUGCGCCUUCGGCCACCCCUUCGCAAUGAGAAGUGGAUCGAAGGGCGAGGGCGAAGCCGGUCCGGUCUUCGACCAGUUCCUGGAGUGCGUGCAGUCGCUGCGGCGGGGCGCGCCGGCGUCCUUCGAGUUCACUGAAUCAUUACUGGCGUUGCUCAAAGAACACGUGUAUUCGCGGUUCUUCGGGAACUUUCUGAGGGACUCGGAUGCGGAGAGGUGUGGAGACGACGCCGUGAGUGUGUGGAGGGUGGUUGAAAGUGAUCCGGGGCGCUUUUCUUCGCCGGUCUACGACUCUUCUGCGAGUAGAAGGCUCCCGGUCCUCUCGAAACCGUCGGCGGAUGUUGAACUAGAGCUGUUGAGGGCGCGUAUACGGGCGCUCGAGAAAUGACUGUUGUGUCUAAGU